GAUGUUUUCAUGUUCCUCACCUUUAAUGUUCAAGUGUUAUUUAUACACUUGUUUAAUAGACACUUUUGCCCGGAGUAAUAUAACUAGUGAAAAGAUCAACAAUGUCUAUGUUUCUCGCAGUGUACGAAUGUGAAGGCAUUAGCAAUUAUGGCACCGUAAUAUAUCGAAUUUACACUGAAAAUCCCAUUGUAGGGGAAGAUAAAACACAGGAACGAGAGCACUGUGUAUUUAGACUGUGAUAUACGGUCUUCUUCAGCUUGAGAAGAUCCUAAGUUACGGUCAAAGUAUUGCUCUCGUUUCUGUUUUUUCUUUACAGUGGGAUUUCAGCGACAUGAUUUAUAUAUGUGGUAUUACAUAAUUUCUUAAGCUAUCGAGUUAAGAGAAGAAAAAUGGUGUUUAUUACGUUAAGGUUGUUUAUGAUUAUUGGAUGAUUGUAUUUCUUCUGACAAAGCUCCAAUGUAACAGAGAUUCACGAGUGUGGAUGUCCUUGGGAUGGCCUUGAUAUUUAGUUUGGUGGUGAUCCUCACCACCAACUUAGCUGUUCACUCCCAAGAAAACCUUGUGACACCUACAGAAAAAACAGAAGCUCCUGCAUCGUCAGAAAUUAACUCUUUGCUCAAUAACACAGCAAAAAUCAGUAUUGAUUCCUCUCCUUUAGGUGGUUCAUCGGCAGAUUCAAACAUGUCCGUCACACCAGUGGUACCAGUGUCACCCACAUCUCUGCCUCCUACUGAUGCUACAGUUACUUCACCCACACCAAAUUAUCAUUCAGAUUCAAAUGCAACUGAUUCUUCUGUAGAAGUAUCUACGCUGAGCUCAUCAACACAGCCCACAGUAAUACCUACAACAAUUACUGCCUAUUCAUCAGAACCAUCCACAGAGCCAAUAUUAUCAACACCAGUUACUGCUUUUUCACCAAAACUAUCCACAGAGCCAACAAAACCAACUUCUACAGCAGUCAUCAGCAGUACUACAAUGGAACCUACAGUGAUCACCACCUCCCAACCCACCUCUACUUCAGUGCCUCCCAAGCAACACCACCCUACCGUUUCUGUUGCUCUGACAUUAUUCAUCCUUCUGGCUGUGAUAUUAAUGAUUGGUGCAGGUGUGUGGUGGAUCCGUAGACGAAGACAGUUGGAACGGUUGCGUCACCAGCUUAUGCCUAUGUAUAACUUUGAUCCUACUGAUGAUGGGGAUGAUUGGGAGAAUCAGCUAUUGGAAGAAGAGCGUUCUCUCAGACCAGAAGCAGAGAAAGUCCAGUUGUACUCUGGCAAUUCAACAUUUGACUCCAGCCAGAAACCUUCUAAUAAUUCCAUUCAGAAAGAAUGACAUUGCUAAGAAAAUGGCUCAAUUUUGUCUAAAAGAAGGUAACAUCACAAGCUGCAGUAUCCUGAGUUCCAGUUACUCAAGCUUUGAACGUGUUGAGUGACUCUCACAUACAGUAUGUAUUUACUUGUGAGACUCAUUACUGUUAAGGUGAUUUCUAUUUCGUAUUUUAUGAAGAGGCUCCUCCCUGUAUACAUUCCCUCACUCCCUAACUGAUACUUCUGACAAACCCUUUUUGAUGUAAAUACAAUAAUACUUUGGAUAAUUGUUUUGGCAGUUACCCACCCAAUAUUUUCCACUUUGAGUAUAAUCAGAGUACAUUACUCUUGUUAUAUGAAAUUAUAUGAAUUAAUUUAUAAUGUUGCCUUAUGGUUAUUUGUAUCUUGGCUGUUGCCUUAAAAAAUGGCAGGUGUGUUUGAGCUUUUUUAGUCAGUAGAAUUUUUUUUUAAGUACAUAUGCUGUCCCACUGUCACUGUGGGAAAGUUUACAUCAUUUUGAUGAUGAUUUCACUUGUAGAAAAUAUUAUAAUAGAAUCAGGUCUGAGAAUUUUGCUCCAAAUUUGACAUUAUCAUUGCCAAAUUGGUCAUUCUUGAGUUCUGUGGAGAUCUUCUGUAAAAAAAAAUUGGGGAUCUGACAGUGAAGAUACGACUUUGCAAAGAAAAAACAGUUCAGUGAGAAAAGAAGAUUAUGUUGGAAACAAAACCAAAGUUAAUGUACUAAUCCCAUAUAAUCCUUCCAUAAGUAAAUUGAAAUAAAAAUACAGUCACAGAAUUUAUAGUAUACAAGAUCAGCAUAAUUGUUAAGGCCAUUUUCCACAAUUGGUGGGUUAGGUGUGAUUACCUAAUGGCAUGGUGUCCUGGUCGCCAUCAGCCAAAUUUGAAGCAAGUUUUAUGGCUGGUUGCAUUUCCUAUUGCCAACCCACUUUUACAAGGUGGGAACUGGGCAUUACCAUAUACAGUGUGAGAACUUUCAUGCACCUUCUUAACUAGCAAGGCAGGGUUACUACAGUACUCCCUGAGGUAAUCAAGAAUUACUCGCUUACCUUAAAAUAUUGUAAGAUUGUGGUAGUGUUUCCUGGAACUCACACGUAACAGCAUAGUGAGAAGUUCAUAUAUAUAAAGCAUGAUGGAUGGAACAAACGUUUUUUAAUCUGUUGGCUCAAAAUUGUGCUUAGUGUGUGGACCUUAUGCUGUUUUUUAUUUUAUUUUACUCUUGUAGGCAUGAAUAUAAGUCAGUUACCACAAGUACUGUUCCUGUACAGCACAAGAAUCCCAUAUGAAGUCAGAGACACAUUUAAAAGGUCAGCUAGAAUGCUCGGAUGUCAUAAAAACAAUAUUCUUGAAGAUACUGUAUAUGUUUCUGAAUUUUUAUUAUAUGGAUGUCAGUUGAAUGGAAAAUGAAAUGUACCCUGUGCUAUUUUGCAUAUACUGUAUAUAGUGGUACAGUAUAUUUACUCUUUCAGUCAUACUUUAUUAUUCAAAACUUCAGGGAUCCUGCCCUUGGUCCUGCAAAGAACUCCUAAAAGUGGCUCCCCUAACUUUUUCUUUGUUAUUGUUUUCAGGUUUGUGUAUUCUUUACACAUUAUAGUCACAAAAUUCUCUCUCUCUCUCUCUCUCUCUCUCUCUCUCUCUCUCUCUCUCUCUAUAUAUAUAU